UUCUGAAAGAAUAACUACACCAGUGCAUUCAUAAAAUAUGGUAAGGGGGCAGAAGGCAUGACCUACAUUUCUCAACUUCCUAUGGGUGAAUAACAUCAAAGAUGCCAAAUUCAAAGGGUGUGAGCUUUCCGUCUUUCUCGUUUCUGUCUCCUGAUAAUAACAGAAACAAUAAUAACCAUAUGAUAGUCCUUCGCAUUGACCUUUAGUAUGGGCGCAUUCUGUUAUUUUCUAUCCCAUCAUUUUUGUGUGACAACCAAAUUAUGGUUUCAUGACUUGCCGCUAUAAUAUUCUUGGCAUAGCACAGAAACAAGGCUUCAUGAGUCUUUGAGUUGCAGCUUCAUGAACAAAGCCUCGCUCAUUCAAUCAUCAGGCAGCUGUACCAAAAAGAUAGAUUUGGAUUGAAGGUGCCAGGCACUGUUUCGUCAAAAUGAUUGUUGGAGGUGACUAUUUUGAAGGUUCCCAUGAUCACAAUCUCAUGACAGGAUCUUUGACCCAUGAUUCUUCUCUGGCUCCUAAAUGCAACGACAACACAAAUAUUGAGCUACAGAGAUUCAAGGUGCAGUCGUUUUCUGCAGAUAUCCUUUCUGAUUCGACCAAUCUUUCUUCUGAAGCUGCAAGAGCAAUCAACCACCUUCAGCAUCAACUAGGAAUUGGUUUGGAGCAGGAUAUGCGACCAGUGGAAACUGCAACCUGGGAUACUUCUAUCUGCACCAUUCAAGACCAAAUAAUCAACCAUCAGCUUAGCGAAGAUCCACAAAACAUAUUGGUGCAACAACAGAUUCAACAGUAUGAUCCUGCGCUUUAUCCAAACAGUGGUUACACACCAGCACCUGAUCUCUUAAACCUUCUCCACUGCACUGUGGCUCCAGUGUUCCCUGCAACAGCAUCAGUCUUUGGUGAUACAGCACUAAGUGGUGGUACCAACUAUUUGGAUCUUAAUGGUGAGUUUACAGGAGUGGCAGCAAUUCCUGACAGUGGAUUAAUGUACACUAGUGAUCCGGCAUUGCAGUUAGGGUACCAUGCUGCCCAGUCUCACGCACUAAACGAUAUCUGCCAUUCACUGCCGCAAAAUUAUGGGCUGUUCCCCAGUGAGGAUGAAAGAGAUGCCAUGCUUGGGGUUGGAAGUGUCGGAGGAGAUCUUUUUCAGGAUAUGGAUGACAGGCAAUUUGAUACUGUACUGGAGGGCAGAAGAGGGAAGGGUGAGUUCGGAAAGGGAAAAGGAAAAGCUAACUUUGCGACAGAGAGAGAGAGGAGGGAACAGCUAAAUGUGAAGUAUAAGACUUUAAGAAUGCUCUUCCCCAAUCCUACCAAGAAUGACAGGGCUUCAGUAGUAGGUGAUGCCAUUGAAUACAUAGAUGAGCUGAAUCGAACAGUGAAGGAACUGAAGAUCCUAGUGGAACAGAAGUGGCAUGGGACUAAUAGGAGAAAGAUAAGAAAGUUGGAUGAAGAGGCCGCUGCUGAUGGUGAAAGCUCAUCGAUGAGGCCAAUAAGGGAUGAGCAAGACAAUCAGCUUGAUGGGGCCAUAAGAAGCUCAUGGGUUCAGAGGAGGUCCAGGGAGUGCCAUGUUGAUGUUCGCAUAGUGGAAAAUGAAAUAAACAUCAAGCUCACAGAAAAGAAGAAGACCAACUCCUCCCUGCUUCAUGUUGCAAAGGUUCUUGAUGAAUUCCAUCUUGAGAUCAUCCAUGUGGUUGGAGGGAUUAUUGGUGAUCACUACAUAUUCAUGUUUAACACUAAGGUGUCUGAAGGUUCCUCAAUUUAUGCUUGUGCAGUGGCAAAGAGGAUCCUUCAAGCAGUGGAUGCACAACACCAGGCACUUGACAUAUUCAACUAGGCAUUAGCACCCAUAGUAACUAUUUGAAGAAGUUCCUAGUCUACUACUCUCCCUGGGGAGAGUCGUAAUUUUAUUUUCUGUCAGUCUAUCCGUGAGGAAAGUUAUUAGAACAGGCUUGGAGAGAACUUUGUCUUUACCAUUAGCUAGCUCGGAAAACAAACAAAAAAAUCUGGCAUGCCUAACUGUUUACUGUUAUCACUUAUCUAGCUCUACCAGAAAUGAUUUGACUCACUGCCUCA